AUGAGCGACUUGAUUAAGUUCGAGCUGACUGCGGCCGUCGUCGCGUACGUGUCCCGUCGAAUUUUCGUGCUAAAUGUUAACGGAUCGCCGGCCAGAGAGCAGAAAUAUUACCCAGGAUUCCGAGAGGAUUUUCUUUACUCUACCCUGGGGCCCGAAGUCGCAAAUCAAUCAUCCUCUAGCCAGAGUCCUAUUGCUUGCGAUAUUCUGGCUCUUCUGAGUGAUCACUCGAAAGAAAUUCGUAUUAUACAUAAACGCAUCCAUUCUUUGCACUGUGCACUGAUGAUGAGACGCUUUGGAAUAUUCCGUUUAGUUCUGUCGCUCUGUGGGAUUGCUGUCAUACCACCACUAAUCAAGGCGGCAUUCCGACCGAUAAAGUCAUCCAGGGUGCGGUUCUUGGGAGUAGGCAGUAGCGGUGGUGGCAAGAACUAUUACCGGCCCAUCCCCGAAAACGAAGGCAGAAUCUGGCGCGCCGGAUCUGAUCCUGACUUCCAUCUUCCCAGCAAUUUUGUCUCUGAGCCGACCGCGGAAGGGCCUUCCACAAGAAGAAACACCCGAAAGGUCUCAGUCUCAUGCAAGGGGCGGCAGCUCGAGCAAGCUCCCGCUACUGCCUCGAAGAGCCGCGGUCGCCGAAGGACGCAAACGAGGGUGGAGCCGAAGCGGGCCCGGCUGGAUGGCGCCCGGCUGGACCGCGCCGUCGACUGGGAGUCAGACCCAGAUUCAGACAGCUUCAUCCCAAACUGGCAGCCGGACCGAGCUCUGGAGAGCUUUUUACGACCUGCUCUGGACCAAGCAGCGGAAGGCCCGUGCUUGGACAGCGAUGAUCACCGAAGCGGUGACGCGAGCGGGCUGCCCAGCCGAGCCCCUUUGGAUGAACCGAACCGGGGGCCGGACGGAGCACGAGAAAGUCCUGCAAUACCGAACUGGCAGCCGGAUCGGGCUUUACAGAGCUUUCUUCAACCCGUUUUGAACCAAGCACCGGAAGACUACCACUCUGGGACUGGGACCUCUGGAGCUGGGAUCUCUGGGCACGGGUCGGUUCAUUUGAGCUCUUCCAUCGCAGAGCCAGAUUGGGAGUUUGUAUGGGCCGAACUCUCCGCUGCCCCGGCUACUUCCCAAACUGGAGGCGCCGAUGCGCCGGUACAGAACCCAGAAAGCCGACCCGAACAUCCCAGAUCCUCUCAGGCCACCAGACCUGCACAGGAACCCCAGGAGGGCCCAAUGGAGAAUGAUGCUGAUGUGCUCUUGAGAAGUGUUCGGUCAACGGGCCUUCCUUCACGCUUGCUUGGGACCACGGCCCCGGCUUCUUCCCUACCUAGAGGCGCCGAUGCGCCGGUACAGAAACCAGAAAGCCAACCAGAACACCCCGGAUCCUCUGAGCCCGCCAGACCUGUGCCCCAAGAGGGUCCAACGGAGGAUGAGUUUGAUGCGCUGUUGAGAAGGUUUCGGUCAACGGGUCUACCUUUGGUUGGGACCACUGACCCGGCUUCCUCCCUACCUAGAGGCGCCGAUGCACCGAUAGAGAACCCAGAAAGCCGACCGGAACACCCCGGAUCCUCUCAGCCUACCAGACCUGCACAUGAAGUGCCCCAAGAGGGCUCUGUGAAGGACGAGUUUGAUGCGAUGUUGAGAAGGCAUCGGCCAAAGGGUCUUCCUUCACCCUUGGUUGGGGUCAUGCCCCCCGUUAUCCCAUUGGACGCGCAAAUCGAUCACAGAAAAGAGCCGGAAUGCGCUCGCCUGGCCGAGGUUUACGCGAAGAAAUUUCAACCGGCUCUCCGGAGAGUCGAUGAAUAUCAGUUUAGUGAACACUUCUGGAUGGGUCAAGCGAGGAUAGGAGUCGACUUUCCCGAGGGUGGUUUGAUCAUUGGACCCGUGGACCCCAAGGAGUCGAUGGCCUUGGUUGUUCCCUUGGACUCAAGCGGAGAUUUAUACGAUAUUGAAUACUUCAGCUUGCUAUUUACAGAGCUCCAUAAAUGGAUCAUAUACGCCCAUGACCUCCUGUGGGAGAUAUUUGAGAGUAACGCGCCUUCCAAACCUGACCUUCGGAACCUGGAGUUCUGGCUUUUGGGGGAAAUCUUCAGCCCCAAGCAAGGCCUCCCGGUGCUCGGAAGAGUCUCUCUUGACAAACCGCUUGAUAGAACGUUUGGGCCGGUGCAGGAUUGGAUGGCCAAAUACCUCCAUGAACAGGACACAGCCUGUAACACCGCUUUGGGAAUCCUCGCAAUCUGGCUCAAAAACACUUGUACCAAGGAAUGGAAAUUAAGUUUUAGAUCGGAUGAUUAUUUUUGGGCCCGAGCUGCUUCGUUCAUCCAGGGAAAGAAUCCUAUGAACCUUUUUCAAGACGAAAAUGAGGUGGACAAGCCAAAUAAGAUCAUCAACAAAAACUAUGCGAGAACCUACAUGAGAUUCGGAAAUACCGACUCGAGCACCUCUGUCAACCAAGACGACCCAAAGCUGAAGUUAGGAAACUUUGAACUUCUUGACAUGACCCUGGGCCCGCCGUACCGAGCGAAUCAGAAGGGAAGGAAAGCAAUGCUGAGCUGGAUGUCUGGUGCGCGAGUCUGGCAGAUACCCUCGGAAUUGGUCGGUCCCGGGCGGGCUAUCAUAGAUCGCUUUGCCGAGGUCUAUGCGAAGGCGAUGGUGGGGACUCGGACGUGGUACAAAACCUUCGAACCGGAGAAUGUCGUGAUCACCCGGCACAACGAUGGAGUGUUAUGUGUCCGGCACUUGUCGACGGACGGGAACCCAAACUUACUGGAACCGCGUUGGUUCAAAAAGAGGCUGGAUAGAUUGCUGAUCCACAUUGAAGCUAUCUCGGCCCCAAUCCUCUCCAACCUUUCCUCUCUCCGCCCAGCUCCUUCGGCCGUCCCACCCGCACAGGCUUUCUUCGACUGGUUCUCUCGGAGGCUGUUUGGAGGGGCCACGGAACGAUUCUUCCCUCUCUUCGGAACGAUCAAGAAGACCAUCGUUGACGCCGCUAGCACGCCUGAUUUCGACCAUGUCCAGCUCUUCCUGCUCAAGGUUUGCUACGAUGAGAGCACCUUUAAAUACUUGGAAGCCGCCCUGGUUCUCUUCGGCUAUUGGCUCAAAAAUGAAAACCAAGACUUUUGGAAUGAACAUAUUCAGUCAGACCAAUUUUACUCCAAAUUUAUCAUUUCUGCUCUCCCCCAGAAAUUCACAAACUUAUGCAGUGUUCGUUCACGACGAAAACGAGAGAGAAAUAAAUGA